AUGACAGAGUAUAAGCAGAUUCCUCUCGAGCAGUUCGAUAGCGAACUCAAGAGCAAAUAUGUCGAAGUCAGCUCCGCUGCCCUCGGCGGACAGGUGUUGUCCUGCUCGGACGACUUCUUUGCGUCCAAAGACAACCUCAUCAAGCCUGGCCCAUCGGUGUCCAUGAAAGGGCAGUUCGGACCUACAGGAGCUUUGUAUGACGGCUGGGAGUCCCGCCGACACAGCCCGACUUUCGACUGGGUCAUCAUCAAGCUUGCAGCUCCCACUUCGAACGUCCAUUAUGUCGACAUUGACACCUCACACUUCUCGGGGAACGAAGCGCCGUUCUCGUCCGUCCAUGCGCUCAAAGGGGACACUACCAAGCUCAGCGACAAAGACCCGAGGUGGGAGGAGAUUCUCCCCAAGGUCGAGCUUGGGCCGAACAGCCGUCAUAUCUUUGAGCUGGGGUCUAAGGGGAAGGAAGGGUCUUUCAGCGCCUUGAUGGUCGGUAUGAUCCCGGACGGAGGAAUGGCUCGAUUCCGGGCAUACGGCCUCCCCGUUCCUCCUACUCCCCUCUCCACCCUCCCCGCAGCUCUCACCGCACCUAUCAACCUCCUCGACCCCCUCUUCGGCGCGCGCAUUAUCUCCUGCUCGGACGCCAAUUUUUCUCCGCCCGGGAACCUCCUCCUCCCCGGCCGAGGACACGACAUGUCGGAUGGGUGGGAGACGCGCCGGAGUCAGCUCAACCGGGGGAAGUAUGGACCUGGGGGCGCGCUGGAGGGGCAAGAGAGGAGCGAGUGGGUCAUCGCGAAAUUGGCGGGCACGGGGGUGGUGCGGUAUGUCGAGGUGGAUACAGCGUAUCAUCCGGGAAACUACCCUGUUGCCUGCAAAGUCGAAGCUAUCCAAAGCGAACAAGACACACCGGCCGAGAAUGCCCAAUGGACCCUCAUUGUUGACAAGAAACCCCUCGGACCGCACCGGCAGCACUUCUUCGACGUCGAGCGUUCCGUCGGCGAGCAAAUCUUCUCCCACGUCCGUCUCAGCACUUUCCCAGAUGGUGGCCUGAAGCGCCUUCGUAUCUUUGGUCACCCCCUCGCUUCUUCCCCAAAUCUCACUUCUGCCUCCCCGCCCAACAUCCCCGCUCUCCCGCUCACUGUCGAGGCGUUCAAGCCAUACGGUGAUGUCAUCCAGGGCUUUGAUCUGCCCACGUCCGCCCCGAAAGGCAUCAAAGUGGCGCUCGCAAACCAGGGGACGGCGUGGAAGAUCGACCGCCUGGCCAAGGUGGAGGAGACAUACCCUGCGGGUCUGCUCAAGCGGGGUGGUCUCGGUGUGGGUGUGAUCAGGCAGCAGAGCCAUUAUGAGACCAAGAAUGGAUGCGAGAUCCCUGUCAGCACUCUGGAGAGGCAUGCUGCGACCACCCAAUCGUUCAUCCCGAUGGGCAAGACCGCUCCGGAGGGGACGGAGGAGCUCGCUCCUGGUGGCGCAUACAUCGCCGUCGUCGCUUUCAAUGGCAAAGACGACAAGCCGGAUUUAUCGACACUACGAGCAUUCUUCAUUACCAGCUCCCAGGGUGUCUCCUACCACGCCGGGAUUUGGCACCACUCUAUGCUCAGUGUUGAUGGACCUGGGGACUAUGCCUGUGUCGAAGCUCAAGUCGGCGACCCCGGACUAGUGAUGGACUGCGAGUUCCACUCGGACAAAUUCUGCACCAUCGUCGUCCCUCCCUACACGGACCAACACCGGCCCGUCUCCAUCCCCCGGCGCACACUCACCCACCCCCGUCCGGCCGAGAAGGAGCAACAUAGCGUCUUUGAGAGCGUCACCAAUUUCCUCCAGGACCAUGCUGCGACGGGUACCACGACGUCCCACCACCCUGCCGACCCAACGCACCCAGUCCAUCCCGUCCCGAUCUCGCCUGAAUUGUGGGCACCGUUCGGCGCGCUCAUCCGUGCGUACCCCGACGUGGCGGAGCGGGGCGCGGGACAGGAGGUAUUGGUGAAUGAGAAGGGCAAGGCCGAGAAGUAUACCCGGCUCGCGCCGAUCUUGUCGACGUAUCCUGAGGAGGCGGGGGCGAAGGCCAGUAUUGGGGUGUACAGAGCGACAAGGAAGGUCGGGCUGGAGAGGGGCAAGGUGUUUGAUGUGCGGUUGAUGGAGAGGCACCCGCAUACUACUCAGGCGUUCAUCCCGAUGAACAAGGGUACUUGGGAAGGGAAAGGAGAAUCACCGCUCCCACCAGGAGGCGCCUUCCUUGUCGUUGUAGCCAAGAAUGGGCCAAAUGAUCGGCCGGACCCUUCGACAUUGAGGAGCUUCAUCAUGGAGAGCAGUACCGGUCUCUCUUAUGCUGCUGGGACUUGGCACCACCCCGUCCUGGUUCUCGACUCGACGCUCGAUUUGGCGUGUAUCGAGACGCAGGUAUCGACUGGCGUAGGAGAAGAGCCGGACGCGAGGGACUGCGAGCUUUUGAGUUGGGAAGGGGCCGAAGUAUUUGGGAGAAUCGCUGUGCCGGAGCUAUAG